UCUCCCUCCAGAUAUAUACCCUCUCUCCUCUCGUGUAUGACUCACACACUUAAAUGUACUAAUGCAUAAAUACAUAAAUACAUCUAAACCAUAUCAACAAAUUUCCAAACCGUUUUCAUCAUAUGCUUAUUGUGAGCACCACCACCAUGAAAUCUUUCACCACAUAUGUUUUACUUUUUCAUGCCCUUCUCAUGAUUCAAGUACAUGCCAAGAAGGAUUAUAUUUAUCACAAUCAUAAUAGAAUCUUUGCAAAGAGUGGUUGUGAUUUGUUUCAAGGGAAUUGGGUUUAUGAUGAAUCAUACCCUCUUUAUGAAAGCUCACAGUGUCCUUUUAUAGAGAAACAAUUUGAUUGUCAAAAUAAUGGUAGACCAGAUCAAUUUUAUCUCAAGUAUAGAUGGCAGCCAACAGAGUGUGACUUACCAAGAUUCAAUGGUGAAGACUUUUUAAGCAGACAAAGAGGGAAAAGUAUUUUGUUUGUAGGAGACUCUUUGAGCUUGAAUCAAUGGCAAUCACUCACUUGCAUGCUCCACAUAGCUCUGCCACAAACUCACUAUACCUUAGUGAGAAUCGGUGAUCUCUCUAUUUUCACUUUCCCGACCUAUGAUGUUAAAGUGAUGUUCUCACGCAAUGCGUUUCUAGUAGACAUUGUUAAUGAAGAUAUUGGUAGAGUUCUAAAACUAGAUUAUAUUGAAGCUGGCAAAACCUGGAAAGGAAUUGAUGUAUUGAUAUUUGACUCGUGGCAUUGGUGGCUUCACACAGGAAGAAAACAACCAUGGGAUAUCAUUCAAGAAGGGAAUAACACAUUCAAAGAUAUGGAUCGUUUGGUAGCUUAUGAGAAAGGAUUAAAUACAUGGGCCAAAUGGAUUGAUGAUAACGUUGACAUUAACAAAACAAGGGUGUUCUUCCAAGGCGUAUCUCCUGAUCAUCUAAAUUCAGAGCAAUGGGGAGAGCCAAAAGCAAAUUUCUGUGAAGGACAAGAAAAGCCAUUAUUGGGGUCCAUAUAUCCAGGAGGUCCACAUCCAGCAGAGUUGGUUUUAGAGAGAGUACUAAGAGCAAUGCAAAAGCCUGUAAAUUUGCUUGACAUUACCACUUUAUCACAAUUGAGAAAAGAUGGUCACCCUUCUGUUUAUGGACAUGGAGGACAUAGGGACAUGGAUUGUAGCCAUUGGUGUUUAGCUGGUGUUCCUGAUACUUGGAAUCAACUUUUAUAUGCAACUCUAAUUCAAAUUUGAAUGUUUAUUCUUAAAUAAAAAUGUGUCAUAAAUAUAUGUACAUUUUUAAUGGAUGAUAUAAUAAGGUAUCUCAUUUUAUAUUCUUAAUGAGGAUUUUAAUUUGACUCUUA